UCUUUUACGACCUUGACGAUCUGUUACGACGAUCUGCUACGACACGAGUACUCACGAACGACCGCAUCGACAAAACGAAAGAAGCUCGGCGAGGCGAUUUGAAUAGGGUCACUGCUGUUCCUCCACACGGACAGGCUACGAAAAGAUGAACACAACGUCGGACAAAUGGCUUUACCCACCCUCGAGCGUUGGACAGACGGCCAAGCCGCAGUUCUUGGCCGUCAACAAGGAGCUCGAGGCCCUCGAUGACAAGGACAAGACGUACAAUGGCUUCUCGAGCGAGGCGCUGAGCAAGGCGUUUGCAGACUAUGUCAAGUACCAUCCAGAGGGCGUCCCCAAGGACUUUGACGCCGAGGCUGCGAUCCGUAACAUGGCCGCGGCCAAGCAGUCGUCGUCGUCGUCGUCGUCAAGCGCGCAGCAGGACCAGUCGACGCCGCUCGUCUUCAUCGCCGAGAACACCGGCUUCUCCUGGGCCGACCAGCUGCAUGCGAUGGGAUGGGCAAAGGUGCUCUACGGCAUCGUCUGGAUGGUCGUCGGCCUCGUGCUCCUCUUCUUUGGUCUCGCCUCGCUCUUCUGGCUCAACAAGCUGGGCACGAGGCCCAAGAAGCAAUCCUCAUCGGCCAUCGCAGAAGCCUUGCCCGGUAUCAAGGGCCGGAAGCGGGGAGGGCGAGCGAUUCUCAAUGGCGGCGUCGGGGGCCUCCUGAUCGGCUUCCUCUUCUUCUCGUACCUCGCCGUCGUCAUCAACAACGCUGUAUGCGCCGACGACGACAAGAAGCCUCCCUCGGCUGGCGCCCUCUUUGCCGUCUGGCUCGCCCCCGGCCUUCUCGGUGCCGUCGUCGGCGGCCACCUCCGCUUUGCAUCGAGGGCUAUGGCCGGUGUCUUGGGCGGUACCUCGUUGACGAUCAUCCUGACGGCCGUCUUUGGCAUUCGCACCAUCCUCAUCCGAGUCAUUCUCCUCGCCGUCUUCUCCACGCUCCUCACGGCGCCCCUCAUCCUGCCACGACCCAACGCGGUGCAGAAGCUCGUUCUCAAUGGCUGCACCUCGCUCGUGGGUGUCGUCACCUUCCUCAACGGCGUCGCCCUCUUUGCUCCUCCCCGCGACUCGUCGGACAACUGGCUGGACCUGUGGGUGGUGCUCUUUGCCAAGGACAAGACCUCGUCGAUGGACAUUGCCACGUCGGCCUGGGGCACCAGCGCAUUCAAGGGCUACAUCGCAGGUGCCGUUCUCGGUGCCGUCGUGGGCUUCCUCUUUGAGAUGCUGCUCCACAAGCACGCGGGCGAGGAUGCCGAGUCGGAGUGGAACCAGUACCUGGGCUCCUACACGGAGCGCUUCGAGAAGGCCAACGGCAACGGCAACGUCACGGGCGCUGACAUGAGCAACGCGCCCCGUGCGGGCCUCUUUGAGCCGGCGCCCAGCGCGUGGCAGCGCAUGUGCGACUUCUUCGACAGUGCCUCGCCCUCGAAGCCGGCCAGCUACGGCAACCUGACGGGCGACGACCGCGAGGCCAGCCCGCUGCAGCAGCGCUCGCGCAACCGUUCAGGAAGCCGACGCAAGGGCAGGCGCGCAUCGACGCGGACGACGACGGCCAGAGACCCAGCCCGGUUCGAGGCCCUGAGUGGGCGCGAUCAGGGCCAGAGCGAUUCAGACGAUGAUUCCGAUGCGACUGAUGUCGAUGACGUCGACGAGAAGCACGAUGACGACGAGAGCAAGGAUCUGCUGAGUCCCUUGAGCAAGAAGCACACGACGUCGGCCACGGAGAACUACGGAGGAUACCAGCUUCCGCCGCUCCCCAGACCGCCGCUGCUCUCGUCGACGCCGCUUCCGAGCUACCGCAGCGAGGCAAGCGACGGUGCAGGGAGCAAGGGGAGCGGCAGCAACCUCAGUGGCACCACUGCCAGGGGCUCCGAUGCUGGCGCUCCGAACAGCAGCGAUGUCCACAAGCCCCUCGAUGUCUACCGCGACUCGGCGCCCUCCUCGCCUGCGUCUGCGUCUCCUGCAGCAGCGGCACCGACAGGUGCUGCGGGCCAGCGACAGGUGGCAGCGACGCCCUCGCUCAUCAAUGCCAUCUCGCGCAUCCAACAGGCCCAAGCACAGGCGAGGGCGUGGCAGGAAGCCCAGGAUCCAAAGGCGGCCGCCCCGUACGGCUCUCAGCCCACAUCUCCUAGAUAGUCUCCUACUCUUCUUCUCAUACCCCUUCUCACAUGCUGCUCUGCCCUCGGUGGCCUGGCCUUGUUCUUGUCUCAUUCUUGGCUUUUCUUUUUGGGACGCAGUGAAAAUGAACAUUCGAUACACUCC